AUGUGCUGGCAGAUAGGGAUGGUGCCCUGCGGCGGCGGCGGGGGCGCCUGCCUCGACCUGGCGGGCCUGCACCCGCUGCUGGGGGUGCCCGUGGCCGUCCCCGAGCAUCUGUUGCCUGCCUGGCCGCCCGACCCCGCGGCCCCAGUGGGCCCGCUGGCCUCGCGAUCGCCCGGCGGCCUCAGCGCGGAGAAGGUGGCUGUUGGGCGGCACUACGCCGAGGUGCGGGCGCUGGAGGAGGAGCUGGCCGCCGCCCGCUCCUGCGCCAGCCCGGCGUGGGCCCACGGCCCCGCGACCAGCCCGGAGCACGAGGCGGCCCGCAGGAGGCACGCGGCCCGGGUGCGCCACCUGGAGCAGGCGCUGGCGGCAGCGAGCGCGGGCGGCUCUCCUGGCCGCGCUGCCUGCCAGGUGGCGGGUGCAGCGAUGGAGGGCGCAGCUGAGACCAACGAUGUGCUGGUGGUGAGGCACCGGAGCCUCGGAGACAGGCUGUUCCGCUUCUGGGUGGAGGACUGCACAACACGCGGUGGUGUCCGCGUGCACGCGAUGGAUGCCGCGAGCUUCUCGCAGCUGGAGGCCGAGCUCCCGGACGCAGACGUUCAGGAGAUGUUCGACUACUUCUGCACGAGGCUGCGGAUGACAGGCCGCCGCUCGUACGCCCACAGCUGCGACCAGGAGCAUCACGGCCAGCUGGUGGAGUUCCUGGGCCACCUGGUGGACGCCUGCUACUUCGAGCUGGACGCGCAGGGCCGGGAGGUGGAGCUGCGCAUUCCCCACCUGGUCGAGCCGCCCAGGGCGGACCCAGCGUACGUGCUGACCGACCUGCCCGCCGCCCAGCCCGACGCCUCGCUCACCAGUCGCCGCGCACCAGGCUAUCUGGCAGGCGCCUGCCAGCUGGCGGGCAGAGUGCCCGACAAGAUGCUCGUGCCCCAGCGCGCCGCCGCCAGGCCUCCGUUCCGCUCGAGGCCUGAGAGGCCGAGCUCGGCGCGGCUCAGGCAGCCGCACGCCUCCCACGCGACGCCUCCGGCGCCCCCCCAGCCUGGCGACGACGCGCGAUGCCGACUGGGCCCGCCCUCUCGGCCACAGAGCGCUCGGUCGUGGGGCCAGCAGCGGUCGUCUGGCUCCCGUCCUGUCAGCGGCAGGGCAAGGCCGCCGCUCACCGCCACCGCGCGCCCCGAGAUCUCGAGCAGCCCCGUCGCAUCGAUCACCGCCAGCGCGCAGGCUCUGGUGGCCGCGGCGCGAGUGGCCUGCCCGGCACCCCUGCAGCGCAGAGCCAGAGCGGCCAGGUGGCCCGCUCCCGUCGGCGGUGGCGGCGAAUCUGCCGCACACGACUGCCAGGAGCCGAGUGUGCGCCAGCCCGCCCGCGCCUCGGCUGCGGGAGACGAAGCGGGUGGUGUCUGCCCGGCCGCGCCCACGCGGCGGCCAGCGUCCGCGCGGCGGCCAGCUUCCGCAGCACGGCACAGGCACUCGCGGCCAGACGUGCGGCGACUAGCAUCUGUUGUUUCUGCCAAGGCAGCUGGAGCGCACGAGGCCCAAGGACCACUGCUGGAGGCGCCCUGCGGCGAGCCGUCCUGGCCUGGCUCGUGCGUCGCUUUCGCAGGGCACAGCGCGGUGCCGUCGGCCGGGUAUGGCUCUCCGCUGCGGCAGAUGCGGCCUGUGUCGGCGAAGGCACUGAAGCAUAAGCGCGUUACAGCCGACGACCUGCCAGACGGGUUCGUUGUGUACAGCGACGCGGGCUCUGGGUCCGGCGACGAGCACGAGGCGACGCCCCGCAGCAGGUGCCCCUCGCCCCCGAAGGGGUGCGAGCGCGACUCGUGGACGUCUGGCGACCCCAGCGCCGCGGCCGCGCCGCAGGAGGAGGCAGGCCACAUGUCAGGCCUGGUGCCGUCCCCAACGCCGCCCGCAGCGCGGCCACAGUCAGCGUGGCGCGUCGGCAGAGCUGCUGCAGCGGCCGUGGGCGCAGCAGGUGUCUCGGGAGCCGCGCAGCAUGUGCCCGAGCAGCCCCGCGAGCCGCGGAGGUCCACUCCGCCCCGCCGCCGGCCCGCGAUCUGAGCUGCGCCCCCCCCCCUUCCCGCGGUUGUCUUGUCCGCGCGCAGCCCCGCAACGCGCUGGCCCGCGCCGCGCCGGCAGGGCCAGUCCCGCGCUCUCGGGGCAUCGGCGCGGAGAAUUUUCCACCGGCGUCUCCCCUUUGCCCUCCCGUGCCUCCUGAUCGAGACUCGGCUCGCUGCUAGGCGUCCGAUGCGCAGCCUCUGUGCUGCGAUGCCUCCCCAUGGCACUGUGCCCCAGGGCGUCGCUCU